CUGGGCUGGGGCUGGCUAUCCAAUGGGAGAGAUGCGAGGCUGGGAGCGCCGGGGACGCCCCUUGUAGAAGGGCGCUACUGGGGGAGGGGGGCGGACCUAGGGGGAUGAAGCUGGGUGUCCGGGUCAGGGUACCCGCCAGGUAACGGGGAAGGGGUAGGGUCCCAGCUGUCCCUCCCAGGUUUCGUCCCCAGCCCCGCCUUCCCGGUCUCCUUCUUAAGCGGCUCCCGCCCUCGUCUGUGCUCCCGCCACCUCUGGCCGUUGUUGGUCGGGUCCCUUCCGCCCCCUCCAUCCUUCCUCCCCGUCUCGGCCCCCCCGCAGCCCCAGUUUCGUGUUCUGCGUGCGCUCCGGUCAGGUCCCAUGGCCUCGCUGUAUCGCCCCUGUCUGCGGCUGGGCUGGCAUGGUUUGUGCCCCUGGGGUUAUGCCCCAAGUCGUGCUAACCAUACAUUACGGGUAAUCAGCGGUGAUUUGGGUCAGCUUCCAGCCAAGGUGAGGGACUUUGUGGAACGCAGUGCCCGCCUGUGCCAACCAGAAGGCAUCCACAUCUGUGAUGGCAGUGAGGCGGAGAAUGAUGCCACACUGGCCCUGCUGGAACGGGAAGGCCUUGUCCGGAAGCUCUCCAAGUAUGACAACUGUUGGCUUGCUCGAACGGAUCCCAAGGAUGUGGCCCGAGUAGAGAGCAAGACCGUGAUCGUGACAGAGUCUCAGAGGGAGACGGUGCCCAUCCCAGCUGAUGGAGCCACUGGACAGCUGGGCAACUGGAUGUCACCAGCCCAAUUUCAGAAAGCUAUAGAUGAGAGAUUUCCUGGCUGCAUGCGCGGCCGCACCAUGUAUGUACUUCCGUUCAGCAUGGGCCCCGUGGGGUCCCCCCUGUCUCGAGUGGGUAUUCAGCUCACUGACUCCCCCUAUGUGGUAGCCAGCAUGAGAAUCAUGACCCGACUUGGGAAGCCUGUGCUUCAGGCUCUGGGGGAUAAUGACUUUGUCAAGUGUCUGCACUCUGUGGGCAGACCUUUGCCCCUGGAAGGGGAGCUGGUGAACCAGUGGCCGUGCAACCCUGAGAAAACCCUGAUUGGUCAUGUGCCUGACCAGCGGGAGAUCAUCUCCUUUGGCAGCGGCUAUGGUGGCAAUUCCCUGCUGGGCAAGAAGUGCUUCGCCCUGCGCAUCGCUUCCAGGCUUGCCCGGGAUGAGGGCUGGCUGGCUGAGCACAUGCUGAUCCUGGGCAUCACAAAUCCUGCAGGGAAGAAACGAUAUGUAGCAGCUGCCUUCCCCAGUGCCUGUGGUAAGACUAAUCUUGCCAUGAUGCGGCCAACGCUGCCCGGUUGGAAGGUGGAAUGUGUAGGUGAUGACAUUGCCUGGAUGAAGUUUGACAGCGAUGGCCGCCUUCGAGCCAUCAAUCCUGAAAAUGGCUUUUUUGGUGUGGCACCUGGAACUUCUGCAACCACAAAUCCCAAUGCUAUGGCCACAAUCCAAAGCAAUACAAUCUUCACCAAUGUAGCUGAGACUAGUGAUGGUGGCGUGUACUGGGAAGGCAUUGACCAGACCCUCCCACCUGGUGUCACUGUCACUUCCUGGUUGGGCAAGGCCUGGAAAUCUGGCAACAAGGAGCCCUGCGCACAUCCCAACUCCCGAUUCUGUGCCCCGGCCCGCCAGUGCCCCAUCAUGGACCCUGCGUGGGAGGCCUCUGAGGGUGUGCCCAUCGAUGCCAUCAUCUUUGGAGGACGACGGCCCAAAGGAGUACCCCUAGUCUAUGAGGCUUUCAACUGGCGCCAUGGUGUCUUUGUGGGCAGCAUCAUGCGCUCUGAGUCCACUGCUGCAGCUGAACACAAAGGGAAAACUAUCAUGCAUGAUCCAUUUGCAAUGCGGCCCUUCUUUGGCUACAAUUUUGGGCGUUACUUGGAACACUGGCUGAGUAUGGAGGGGCGGCAGGGGGUCCAGCUUCCCCGGAUCUUCCAUGUCAACUGGUUCCGGCGGGAUGCGGCAGGCCGAUUCCUAUGGCCAGGCUUUGGGGAGAAUUCUCGUGUGCUGGACUGGAUCUGCCGAAGGCUGGAGGGUGAGGAGAGUGCCCAAAAGACACCCAUAGGGCUAGUGCCAAAGGAAGGGGCACUGAAUCUGAGUGGCUUAGGGUCUGUGGACUUGGCUGAGCUGUUCUCAUUGCCUAAAGAGUUCUGGGAGCAGGAGGUCCGUGAAGUAAGAAGCUACCUGAGGGAGCAGGUCAACCAAGACCUGCCCCGGGAAGUGCUGGCUGAGUUAGAGUCACUGGAGAAGAGAGUACGACAAAUGUAACUGGGAACGCAGGGGCAGAGAUACAUACACGAAAAAAGAGUGUAUGAGUUACCUCCUUUCGACAGGGGAACUACAGAGAAAGUGGCAAGAAAUAAGAGCCACUUUGAUUUGACUAACACCUUUAUACAAUCACAAACCAGGCUGUAGCCCUAUUAUAGAUCAUCGAAGCUGUCGAUUUAAUAAGAAGUUAUCAUUUAUUUUCCAUAACAUUUGUACAGGUUUCAUUCACUUUCAAUGCAAAUAGGUAUUACUAUCUCCAGCAUUCCUCCACCAGUUUUAUGAUCCUCUUCCCCCAACCCCUCAAUUUAUCCCCAUUGAAGUCUCUAUUCUAUUAAACGGAGCUGAUCCAGCCUGCAGAAAGCUCCUGCCUGGUUGCAUGAAUGAUAUCUAGCAUUCCACACUACUGCUGGGGAGUUUAAGUGGGAAGGAGGGGAGAGUAUACUGUCCAACCUUCCUCCUUCCAACACAGAAGUUGCACAUACAGAGAUAGCUAGAUUUAGAUUUGGAAGACUCAGGUUUGAAUCCCCGUGUGACCUUCAACAAGUCACUUAAGUCCUCAUCAGUAAAAUGAGGGCUAGGACUUUGGGGACCUCUUAAGGUCCCUUCCAACUCUAAAUCUAUGAUCCUAAGUUAUAGAACCCACAGUCAGCCCCCAAAACUGAACCCUUGGCUUCUAAGGCUGAGCCAUAUAAACCCUUAAGACUUCUUCCUCUGACACUCUUCCCCAGUACCCCACCUUUUCUUCCAACCUCCCAUUCUUUUCUAUCUUAAGACAGAAGUGUCCAGAACCUCACACUCAACAAAAUUCUGAUUCCCCUUGCAAUGAUCUUUAAACUAGUCCUCUUCCACUUCCUAUGGAGAAGACUCAGAGGCAGUAUGUUCCAGGGGAAAGAGUGCAACAUUUGAAGGCAUAAGAACUAGGUUCAAAUUCAUGACUCCAAUCCUUAGCACAGGUAUGACAACCUCUCAACCUCCCUCUCCUUGACAAUGAAAAAAGAGGGCUGGACAAGAUAACUCACUAGGUCUCCUCAAGCUCUAAAUGUAUAAUUCUAUGAUCUCUUCCUGUUCAUGUCUCAAGUCUCUUCUCCAUUACAUAAAUAUCUCUAACAUCUCCAUUAACUUCUUGCAAAUAAGUUCAGCAAAUUUAUAGAUGAUGCUGAGGUGAGUGUCAUUGGUAGUUUGUACAAGGAAAUAAAGCCAAGAUCUAAUUAUUAAA